CAGAUGUUUCAUUCGAAACGAACAGUUUAAUUGCUUUUCGAGUCUUUAUUUACGUAAUUGUGAUAAUGAAGAUUGUCUUCAGUAGAUACCGUGUAAUGAUUUUGUCUUUCCCGUGUUGUCAAUUGCGUAGCUAUUGGUCGUUGUUUUUCAACAAGGCUGUUUUACAGUUAAUUCAUGAAUAUUUGUUUAAUAUAUUUUGGCUGUAGAUUGCUUUCCAAAGGUGUAAAUGAAUUACGUGUGUAAUUUCUGAGGAGUGUUCAGCUGUUUCGGGACAAAAGAAGGUAAGAAAUCUUUCUUCAUCCUCUUACAUUUGUUGUUUAAGAUAUGCUUGUAGUUGGCUUUAUAAUAUGCUUCCAUAGAAUAGCGCGGGACAGAUCUAUGGGCUAUAUAUCUCGACUGUAUAAGAAGCUUAUAGUCUAUCCUUGGUCGGCCUCUAGCAAAAGCUGGCAGUAGUUCGGCAUCUGAUUCAACUGCAUAGCACGAUAUAGCGAUUAAUCUCCUUGGCCUUAGGGCAAUCGAUAACCCAGUCAACAAUGUCUUACUCUAAUUUACUUAAUGCGCUUAUUGAAACUGUCUUACAAUAUCGACGUUCUUUGAUCAAAGAUACAGAAUUCAUUCGACAAUCUUCUUGUACGUCGAUGUUUGAUCCAAGUAUGACAAGCAAAUGGUUAUCUGUACAUGUUAAUCAUGGGCAAAAUCUGAAUACUUGUUGUAGAGUUUUCAUGUGUGAAAUGUUCAUGUUUUGAUUAUUUCGACCGUCUCACUCGAUAGAACUAUACUGUUGAAGGGGUUUGUAGAUUGAGUGUGAGUUUCGAGUGUGAAUUUGAUAAAUUUAUUUAGACCUAGCGAGGAACAGUUGCGAAAAAUCCCUUCGAUUCUGACUAUAUCCCAAUGUAUGAACCGCCGGUAAACAGAAAAAUUGUCUGUGUUAUUACUGUGGAAAGUCAAACUUUAAUUUUGGACAUUUUCAAUUAACCGAAUGUUGAAGUGUCGAAGCGAAAAUUAUGUGCAUAUUUUAUACCAGCUGUGAAAAAUGGAAUCGAAUCUCUGGCCCUGGCGAUUCCGGUGCAGUGCUCUGACCACUGAGCUAGAUAAUAGAGUCCCGUUGCUAAACUUCUUGUGCAUAUAAUAAACCGCAUGUUUUUCUUAAAAAUGGAUUAAUUUUGAAACUUACACAUGAACUUCGUAUCUUUGAAAAAAUUGAUUUUACACACAUUACGUUAUUGCCUGUCAAGACAUCUGGAAGUCAAGGAUAUGUAAUAAUUAAUAUAAUCAUUGGCAAAUCUUCGGUGAUAUUAAAAAUUUUAAAUCCAUGCUGCAUUGCACGCUUACGUAGUUUUAAGAUAGACGGCAGUUUUAAUGUUUGAUGCCAGUAAUAUAUGCGUAGUGCACUAUUUUUUUUGGAAAGACUGAUGAAUAUCUUCUUCAAUUUAAUAUCAUUCUAGAUUAUCUUCAAAACGCGAAUACGGACACGUGGAUAUAAAAUUCAUUUCAUUUUUUUAUGUUUUUCAUCAAUUAAUAACGAGAAUUAAGUUUUAAUCCAAUGUAAGGUUUAUACAUUUUAAAUAAUAUCCAUUCUUCAACAUUUCUUAUAAAUUAUUUCAACUAAACAACGCAAUGUCGUUUUCUAUUUUCGGAAUUCCCACGUCCGCGUUAAUCUAUUUCCGCUUUCCUAUAUCCGUAAUUUUCACAUCCGCAUAUCCGAAUCCGCGUUUUCCUGAUGACAUAUGUUAUUAUUACAACCGCUGCAUAAGGUGGGUGAACGCAGUUGGUUGCCAAUUAUCAAAUUUCAAUGAGCUUGUAAAACAUUUUAUCCAUUUUGUUUGCUUCAAACGGCUCCUACUGCGUGCUGUCAAGAAACAUUAUUAUGAAAUUGUUUUGUAGUAGUCUUUUGGAUACAAUAGGAAAACCCAGUAACCUUUGAACCGCGCAUAAUGUGAUCUAUUUCCUUCGGCAUUGAUCAGCUGGUUGAUUGCAUUGUACUCGCAUACACACAACUGUCACAAACAGUAUCGAGGGGCAAAUCACCCCUAAAAAGUGUACGAGAUAUUGGAGAUAAAAAAAUCAUGUAAUUUUUUUGUGUUUUUUUUUCUCGCGCUCUUUGCUUUUUUAGCACUUUUUGCCAAGGUAAUUUUCCCUUUUACUACUUUUGACAGAACGAACGAAAGGGUAAACUAGAACGAACCUCGGAACUUGAUUUUUUAUUUUUGUGAUUUUUCGAUUUUUUGUUGAUUUUUUAAUUUUUAUUUUUUUGUGAUUUUUCUGAGGGUGUACGUGAUUUAAAUCAGUGAUUUGCCCCUCGAGAAGUAUGGAAUGGCGUCCGGCAACUGAUGCAUGUAUAUGUUACGAUUGCUACAGAAACGCUGGUCCCCAGAAAGCUGCUAUUGCCCGCAUUAGGAAAUGUUAUGCUGUAAUACAGCCUGUAUACAUAACUAGUGUACUCAUGCAACACUAACAUGCAGUUAGUAUUGACUACAGUGUUCGACAUUAAACCUUCCCCAAAGGCCUCACAUAUGGUAAACCUUUGAAUGAAUGAUAUUAAUAUUUAUUGAGGAAACUAACAUCACAAGAAGUGUUUUUCAGAUGGUUCCUGCAAAACAUUAAAAUACAAAGUAGCCUAUAGAAAAUAUAUAUGUAUGUGCGUGCAGUAUUUACAUAUUGUAUUGGUACAUGGAUAUAUAUGAUAUACCAGAAAAAUUAUGAGACUGUAGGAUACAUGAUGCUAUACAUAUUUACAAGGAUACAAAGACUUAGUAAGUUAUAUCUUAAAUAUACUGUAUGCAUGAGUAUUAUAAAGAUAGAGAUUUGAGAAGUUCAUUUCUAAAGGUUCCUAACUGUUCAAUGGAUCUAGUAUUAUAGUCCAAAUCGUUGUACUCUUUACAAGCCUGGUAAAGCUGUUUUUGCUUUCCCCAGUUUGCCUUUCUCAUGGGUGAUACUCGCAGCUUUUUUCAACGCUGGGAAGGGGAGAAAGAAACUGUUGAUCUUGACAGUCUGGGGUGGAAACCCAUAAUACCCAUUUGCGUGAUAUCAAGUAUUUUGUUGUUUUCCCCCAACUUGUGCGUGGGCGUGGUAGGUAGUAGUUGUUAUUCUGUCGUGUUUUAUAGCUAUGUGUCUGGGAGUUCUUUAUAUAAGAUUAAAAUCAAAGGCAACUAGAUGGUUAAGCCAUUUAAAGACAACGAUAUACAACGGUGAUAUCUUCGACGAAGGCAAUUAGGUGUGGAUCGAUCUUGUCUUUUAUAUGUCUGAUUGCUUUUGAACUGAUCUAAUUUGGUACAUCCGCGUUAAACUUUUAAAUUAGAAAAUAGAACCAGGGCUGUGGUUAAUUUCAUAUCAAGUACCUAUAAAGAGAACCACUUCAGUCUGUCGCGAUACAACAGUCAGUUAUCGGGAAAUAUUUACUACAUCGCACGCAGUAGUCCUGGCCCAAAUUACACAAAUCAUUUUGACAAACUGUUUCGCUGCGCAUAGCAUGUUGAUUAAAAGAAGAACGAAGACAUCAAUGUUCUGAGGGAGCACGGGUAAUCCAUACGGUUAGCUGUACUACUACCGCUUCAAUGUAAUGUAAUGUAAUGAUUCAUUUAACGUCGUGCCGGAGAACAAGAUGUGAUGAUUGUUCAUUCAUCCGAGCCAGAGGCUCGUGGUAAAAGUGCACGACAUAAACGUAGUAAUCUAUGUAGUAUACAUUGGUAGAAAUUUUGUAUUACAUUAACGAAAACUAAAACGUAAGCUAACAAGAAAACACUAUUAGGCUAUGUUUACGCUGUACCGCGGACAGCUUCCCUAGCGGCGUGAAAAAACGGGCACCAAUCCGUACCCUUUAGGAACGCUAUUUUCAGAGGAUUGUUGCAACGGAGAGAUCGGUAUUGUUUCUCUCAGCUUCUGAGUUGUAUAUUCCGUAUCGUAUUAGACGUGUUGUUGUUGUUGUUCUUGUUCUUCUUGUUGUUCUUGUUCUUCUUGUUCCGCUUCUUGUUCUUCUUGUUUCUUCUUGUUUCUUGACUUCUUGUUGUUGUUGUUGUUGUUCUUCUGUCCACACAAAUUCUUGAAUGAAUUAGGCCCCGUUUACUGAUGAGACCAGGACGAAGUCAAACCGGGAUGAUAAAUGAACUGAUUGUGAACAUGUUUACACGAGACUGGUACGAAAAUCACAAAAUUUUCAAUUUAUUCCCCUUGCCAGGCAAUUUUGUUUUUUAGAUGGCUUUUGUUUGCAUGUGUUGUUCCAAUGACAAGGUUACAGCCGAGACCGGUCUGAAAUGUAUUUGUGUUUACAUUCAUCCCAGUCUGAAUUCAUGCCGGUCUGAAGUCAGUCCGGGCUCGGUCCAGCAAGCGGAAUGACUUGAGAUCGGUCUGAGUUAUUUGUUAUAAAUAAUACUAUGACCGAAACGAAAUGGUCCCGGUUUGACUUCGUUCCGGUCUCGUGUGAUUGGGGCCUUAACCGAAUUAACUAUACCGUUAACAUGCAAGCUGGAAAAAAUGCCAAGGCCGCUAGGCAAGGAAUUAACUCGGUUGUAAAACGUGAUCCGAGAGCACCUCUAGAUGUGGUUUAGUUUAGACCAUCUUGUCUUCGGUUGUGGCCACACUUGUUCACUCACUUGUUGGUUUUUGCAUGACAUGCAUACAAUAUAAAUUCCAUGUUAAGUAGUACAUAUAGUACUGUACUCAAAAGCGCAAAGAAAAAGAAGUAUUUUGACUCGCAGGAACUUUUUACCUUUGAAAAGUUGGUCAAACUGUUCGCCAAAACUUGAUAACAUUGUAUUCAAUUCAAUGGACAAAGACUCUUUAGAAUACUGGAAAGAUAUAUACUGAGAAUAUCUUACACCCAAACAGAUUAGUUCCCUAGUUGGUCGCAGUAUGAAACAUUCUCUAAAGAUUACAUCUGAUUAAACGUGAUAAAAUUUGAUAAAAUCUACGGGAAGCGAGAUUCUCAGAUAGAUCCACAUUACCUGUGCAGAGUUUUGACAGCUAACGGUAGACUUAAGUCCCCUCAAAAUGGCCACCAAUUUGAUUUCGACUUCUUUAAUAGCUCUUUCAUUCUAAAUUAACGAUCACUGUCCGAAUUUGUUGAGGCUUUUAUAAAUCAUUUAAUAAGCUGUCACCAGGAAGUGCGGCUGUGAGACAAGUUACAACAAUAGCAGGUCGCGCCGACUUGUUUGGGAAAAUCAAGUCGAUAUCUGCUAAGGAAUUCUCUUAUAUGGCUCUAUCUCCUGCGUUCCUGAAAACGGUUUGAAGUUUUGGGUUAAAUUUGCUACUCGAAGAAUAAAAUGUCAUCAUUUUUAUUGGCGUGGAAUUCGAAGUAUAAUUGUAACGGGUAAUCACAGCGCUCUAUGUUAACAGAAGAAUACACGAUGAGCUUUUCAAUAAAGGGAAUGCAAUUAGUGCACAGCACUCCUCCCCCAUAUUGUGUGACAAAUUGUCUUCAUUCACUUGUAGAUCAUGUUUAUAUGGUCUCUGCACGUAACGAGGAAAUGCCUAAUUGAAUCUAGGAAUAUAUGGCUUGUGUAACUUAGAUGUGCUUGCGUUUACGUUUGUAGAGAUUGGUUGAAGCAAAGACUCUGGACAGAUGUGAAAUUUUGUGACGGUUUGUCGAGGUAAGGACCAAGGCAGUUGCUUAUAUAUGUUUGCAGAUAUCAAUCACUGUAGUGCUUGUUUGUGUUGGGAAAAUUCACUACGUUUAUGUACUUGUGUGAGUUUCGAUGUGUUGACACGUUAGGAGAAUAUAAUAUGGGCAUAAUUUCGUAUUUUAUUAAACGUAUUCGUACUCAGUUUCGUGCAGUAUUUCGUAUAAUUAUAUAAAAAGAUUUGAACACGAAGGGCUCAUUACAUAAAAAUUCACGACAAGUGAUGAUUGAGGUGUCUAUGAUAGGGGAUAAACAUAUCUUUUACUGGUCAGUUACCUGUACUCGUGAUGCACGUUCUUGAUAGCUACAUGCAACAUUGAAACCGUUACUUAUUUUACAAGCUGUUUUCGUAAACUAGUUGUAUAUCCUUCAUACACAUAUAAAUGGUUCAUUUCUUUAAUCGGAUAGGAGAAUAUUGAAAUUCUGGUAACUGAAAUACACUUUCUAUGAAACGAGAUAACAUCGAUGUGUGUUCUUGUUUUCGUGAAAUUUCAAACAUGUUUUCCAGCUUUAUUAUUGUUGCUGUUAUUAUUAGUUUACAAGCUGUUUUAUAUAAACUACAUCUUCCCUUAUCUUUCUGUUGUUCAAUCUGUCAAGAAGCAUCGUCAGUGACCGCAACGUUACUGUAUACUAUAGUAGAAUAGCUAGCGUUCAUUACUGUAUAUAUCAAAGGCGUUUUAAUCGCUUUAGAGAUAAUGCGUUUUUAAGAGGCAGAGAUGAAGAAACUAUCCAGUUGUAUAAUCGAUACAUAUAUACAAUCUGUUAAAGCGAUUACAUUCGACUAAUGGAUAGCAAUGGUUUUUCGUAUGAUUGUUAGUCGUGUAGAUUUGCAAUAGUUACAAGAUUGUUUGACGUUGAAAACUUGUACAAUUGAUAGCAAUUGUUGUGAACAUAAAAGCAAAAUUAAACUCAUCAAUCUUGCUUCAUAGCUGGAUAGCUCUGUCAGUUCUCAGCUGUUCUCCCUAGAGGUCCAAUAGGGUCAUGUCCUUAUAGACCUUAUUCAUCAACAACUGCCGAGGUUAUUGCAAAAUGAAACUGGGGUUCCCACAGAAAACCUGCGGAGUUCUUCCACUUCAACUCUACCAAACACCGGAAGGCUUUUUCUGGGUACUCCAAUUUCCUCCUGUAAUAGCACUGGAUCAACGAAGGAUCGCUCUUUGGACCUCUAGGAAGAACUGAUGGAGUUAUCCAAGAUAAAUAAAGUAAUAUUGUACAGCUUCUUUCACUCAAUUUGAGCUUAUCAAGUACAAAUUAACGAUAUAGGUGAUGAGCGAGUUGCCCUGUGUCUAUGAUACACGUAUAUAAACAUAUCUCUUGCUAUGUGGUUAGUUAAAUAUCAUUGAAACUCCGCACUGAUAAACCAUAUAUGGCAGAUCGCUACGUGUAUUUAUUACAAGAAUUCGACAAAUGUUUGAAAUAGCUGAAGUGCACAAACAGGACGCAUUGAGGGACAAUUGAUUGGAAAAACCAAUAAUUUCAACUAAAUUCACUAAUCAAAACAUUUAGAAUUGAAUUCCAAUAACAAUGCGAGUUAGACGACACCAAUUAGCAAGCUCGUGUGAAACCCUGUUUAAAUAAAAGAAGUUUUCGCUUGGUCUAAAUCUUAGUCUAGACAGGAUUUGUUGAGAAUAAGCAACAGAAUAUUUGUUGGGUGUGUUAGUGCAUGUGCUAAGCUUCACCUCGGGGUCUUGGCGGAUGUAUCGGGAUUUGAGAUUAACUCUAUCAAACACUAUGUGUUUUCUCAAUGAAUAUGAGAUGGCCAUUACUGGAGCUCUAUCGAGAACAGUUUAGAACUGAUAGAGGUAUCAGUGAAGAUACAAUACGCUAUUUUAAGGCUUAAAAACAGCAUGGAUAUGAUCACGUGCGCGUCGUUUCUAAUACGUUGGGUGCAGCCAGGCUUUAUUGACGUGCAGAUGCGCUUGCGGUUGAACGAAUGAUCGCUUUGAUGUCACAAUUAAGUGCUUUGCUUUGUCGAUGUUUCUGAAGUGAAAUGUUUUUCAGUUUGCAUUGAUUAUUGGUCCAAUCUUAUACAUUGAAAGAAACCUAAACUAAUUAGUUUUAUUUAUGCUGCGGAACUGCGUGGAGACAGUGGCGCACAUUAGGAGGGGGCAGCGGUUAGAAAAUUGCAAAACGUCGGUCCCAGUUUUCGAGGCUGUAUCAAAAGUGAGUCUGUGUGAGUGAGGCUUUAUCAAAACCAAUCGACACGCCACAAACAUCUGUUGUACGUAAAGAACAAGAAAGUCGGCCGCAGAUAUGGCGAUCGUAAUAACCCUCACCCCCAGCAAUUUGUUGAAUUGAUUGCAGGCGCGCGUGGGGAAUAAUCACAACCACUGAUCUAUAUAUGCCACUGAUAUGCCGGUGCCAAUGAUAAGUGCCUGCAGGGGGAAAGGAAGUUGUGCUCAUGAUAUCUUCAACGUUGUUGACUACAUACUCGAAUGUAGUCACGUCUCAAAUUUUCACCCGAUCUUAUCUUUAACCAUGCUGUGCGUAGACCCUGCAGCUAGAUUUUCUCAACAUUGUCCAAAGAAACUUCGUUUAUCGCGAAGAUAUUGUGGCUAACCACAACAUCAGGGAAUGAUUCUAAGACGACUUUCCUUCUACCAAAACUAUUGGAAAAACCUGGAACUUUCUAAUUUAUCUCAAAUGAUUUCUUCUUCCUUGAAAACAGGAAACAGGCAUAGAAGACAUGUAUAAACUGGACUCUUAUAAUUCUGGACUCUAAGAUUGCAAUCUCGUGUUGCAUUACAAAUUUCACUUCGUAAAAUUUCUAAGAGCAAACUUUUGAUAGCUUUAUCACUUCGAAACUGUUCUUCCUAUACUGUGAGUCCAGUAAGAUUAAUAUGACAGGAGUCGAACCCUGUUCACAAAGGUGAAAGACAGAAAGAUGUGCAUUCACUUCCUCAUACCGUUGCAUCCGUUACUGCUGAGUUAAAUGCAUUGAUCCGUAGAGCUAAACUGGCCACGGGGUUUGAACAUGGAACUCUAUACCAGAAUACAUCCAAAUUAUUGAGCUUUAAAUCCUCCCUCAAGACCUACUUAUUUAAGGAGGCAUAUGCCUGCUAACAUUGCAUAUAAGAGCAUUUAUCUUACUCCAUUUAAUCUAUUUUAUCCAUAUUUGACCAUAUAAGUUUAUUUUAAUAAAACACAAAACAAUAGACACUCCAAAAAUUGUAAACAUUUUAAUUCCUUACGUUUCGACUAUAAUUUAAGUCAUUCUUCUGAAGAUGACUUAAAUUAUAGUCGAAACGUAAAGAAUUAAAAUGUUUACAAUUUUCGGAGUGUCUAUCGUUUUGUGUUUUAUUAAAAUACUCUAUGGCAACCGCAAGUUUAUUUUAUCUAUGCAAGUUUGACUAUUGUAUAAUGAAAGUAUAAUUGUCUUCUAAACGUUUUGAAAUAAUUCUUUCAUGAUAUUUCUAAGCGCAUUGAGAUUCUUAAAUGGGCUAAAUGCGCAUAAGAACGUUAAAUUAUUAUCAUUCGGAUACCUUACAGGAUUUGUGUGCUUAUCCUCAUGAGAGUAGGAUUAAGUCUCUCCCUGAUAUUAAAAGGAGCGCCUUUUUUGCCAAGGGCAAACUUAAAUUGAUUUGGUAUCCCUUCCAAGGGUGAAUAUUAACUCCACAUUAUCGGAAUUGCUACCAGAUUGGCUUCAGCUGUGUACAGUGUACUUCGUAUAUUCUACUGCAAUAUGACCAUGCAUGGUUUGUGUCUGAAAAAGAUACCUCAAACGUGGUGGUUCAGUGUAAGGUAGCCUAUAGUACUAUUCUACGAUAAACUGUCGCGGUUUGUAUCUGAACUAUCUGAGAAAAGAUAUCUCAAACGUGGUAGCUUCCGGCAUGGUUUGUGUCUAAACUAUCUGAAAAAGAUAUCUCAAACAUGGUGGUCUAGCGCAUGGAGUAUUGUACAAUAAGCUGCCGUGGUUUGUGUCUGAACUACCUGAUAACAUUCUGUCCUGACGAAGCUGGAUUUCGCCCAAAAGGUUGAAGUGUUUUAACCAUUUUCAGGGGUAGUUCAGACCCAAGAAGGUUAGACUUCCGUCGUUAACUUCAGCUUUUAUUCUCUCCUUAUCUCAAUUACCCUAACCGCGCGACUUAGCGCCAGGCUGAUGACAAGAAUGACAGUUCGAUCAUGAAAACUAAAAAUGGCUUUGUGACGUACAGCCGUGAUGUAUCUAGCACUUGAUAAAAGAUAUGUAUGCUAAAUUUACCUUGUUUUCCAUUCACAGAAAGACCCUGUGAUCGUUCUGGGAGGCAACACUAUAGAAAUCGCAAGCUUGUGAAAAGGAACGCCGUGUAAGGUUAGUAUAUUUCAGUCAUCUUAAUUUUUUUUUGUUAUCUAUAUAUAAGGACCCUCAAAAUUCGCAUAACUAAAGAAUUUUAUCGUAAGAUAUAUGUCCUUUUGUAGUUGACAUGAUUUUGUGUGUGAGCCUAUAUAACUUGUUACUUUUCACUUUCUUCGAACUGCUUACAAAGCAAGCCAACAAGCUUUGAAAGUUCUGAACAAAACAUAUUUUCUUGAGUCUAUUUGACAAUGUUUACAGGCGGUACGUUUACGUUUAAGUUGGAGUCUGGUAGUCUGUAUUGAAGAGUACCCCCAACGGGUAUAAAUCCGCGAUAAUCUGUGACUGAUAGGCCUAACUUGUUUUCAUUCUGUUUGCAAUACACUGGCCUUUCCUACACUCUUCCUAUUUUUUCUUGCCUUUUUUGUGCUCAUUUUAAGAGAAGCAUUUGUGGAAUAGAAAUAUCAAAGCAGAUUCUUGCCCAAUUUUGGUUCGAUUUGAGAUUUUGCGCUUUGCAAACACAGAAACACUAUUCAGUUAAACGGUUUACGUAACGGACAAUUUAGUUAUGUUUUUUUUAGCAUUUACCGCUUAAUUCGAGGGUUAGAUCAAAAGUAAACAGGGUUUAUAUACCUAAACGGUUUACGAUUAUGGAUUACUGAGAGCUUUUCGAGUGUAUUCACUGAGUGUAUGCAUGAGAGAUUGAUUUGUUAACUCGUCUGUUUAUAAUAAAUUGCGUGCCGCGUGAUUAUCACUAUCAGAUAUUUUAAUUUGCGUUGAAUUUCUUCAAAAUACGUUUAAUUUAUAUGUUACAUAACGCGCGCGCUGAAACUAAUGAACAUAUUCUUUUCCACUUCGUUUUGACCAUAUUCAAUUUUUUAAUUUUUCAUACGUUUCUCAAGCGGCAAGCAAAUUUAAUAAGUAUAUGUUUAGUGCUUUAUCUGUAAAAUUAUGCUAAAGUGAAGAGAUUUUAGAUGGUACGCCAAUGAUGUCUGAAGUUCAGCAGAAAAACUUCAGAGAAAAUGAUGUCUGAAGUUCAGCAAGUUUUGAUUAUGUUAUACUAUAUAUAAAUAUGGCGUCAAUUUUACAGCAUUAAUGAUAAUUGUAUUUAAAUUGACAAUAUCAGUUAACUUUUAUUUUGUGUUUCUCAACCCGCCAGAUAGAUUUAAAAAGGUUGCUAAUUGUGUAAACUACAAAGUAAAGCUAAAACAAGAUGAUUUUAAGAGGAUUUUAGGUUUUGAACACUUUUUACACGACAUUGAAAAUAUUGCGUCUUAAUAAUUCAUGCAUGGGGGCCUUCAUGAGCAAAAAAAAACACAACAGAAUCCAACACCGUAUCGUUGUCUUGAUAUCGCAUUAAUAAACGCCCACAAAUGAACUCAACUAUCAUCUUCAAUUUCUCUUUAAAAACAAGUCUGUUUGAGAAGUAAUAUAACAAGCUGUUUAUUAUCGGCGUGUAUAAAGUACCUCAAAGUAUGUAAAAAAAACUCUGCCAACGCCUCGUUUGCAACACAUGUUUUGGUAUUAGAAGACAGUAAGUAAAUAAACUUCCACUUCAAAGGGAUCAUUACACUUUCUAGUCUAUCAAGCGCGCAAGUGGAUGCCUAAAAAGGAUAGGGUUGAAAAAUUAUAACUUAAACUUCACCGCGCUAUCAAUGCUAUCGUAUAACCGCUUGCAUGUGCUUAACUUUCCAUGGUUCACGAAAUGUCUGAGGACUGAGAGUGAACUAUUAAGAUAUAGCAAAUAUAAGACGCGUUGGCUUAUCUCAAAGUCUUCAUUGUCAAGAUUUUACCCUGUAGCGCGACCAUAUACUAUGAAGAUUUUGGCAGGCAUGCAUGGGGCAGUGGUCUGGACACAUGCAGCACCGACCGGAAUUACUGUGUCGCACGUCUUUAUAAUUCAACCGGUCCCAUAUAGAAAGAUGUAAAUAUAUAUUAUUUUUUUCUCGAAAUUUGGAACCCAACAUCUUGUUGCCAGUCUGUCUGAACAUAUAUGCCCUCGCACUGUUGGGCAGUAAUUAUUAACUGAAUUAAGGAAAUAAAAAGUACGAAAUCUAUAUCCGAUGUUGUUUACUCGAAGAAGAAAAACACAACAUAUUUGUUAUAUACGCUGAUGUGAACACUUUAGGUUGUUCUAUAUUAUAGUGUUGUAUAUAAGACUGUCGGGAAAUGUUUGACUGUAAACGAUAGUAUUUUGAAGGUUGAUUUGUCUCUUCGUCUGUUUAUAAUAAACACAAACUGGUUUGGCGUGCUGAGAGUACUCAGUUGAAUUGAGAUACCCGACCAAGAUCAAUCCAGAUAAUCCUGUAUAGGGAUGUCAAACACUUCACUCAGAAAUAUACACAUUCACGCAUCGACUACCGCUUCAAAGAAUCAUGGAAAUAUAGGUAUGAUAACAAAAGAGCUAUACUUCUUCAGUAAACAACAGGAUUGGAAUUGAAAUUGAAUUUAAAAUACGACAGCUCUCUAUUAUACGUUGUUCUAAUACAUCAGUUUUGGGUUAUCGAAAGCAAAGCACGAAAAGACCAUUUGUUAAUAUGUGACGGAUGUAAGUGAACACGAAAUUUAUACAGAAUUUUAGUUUUAUAAUGACGCCAGAAUAAAAAACGUUCAGUAAACUAUAAGAAACUUACAAAUUAGUGAAAAGUGGAUAACUAAUUCUUUUUAAGUGCUCUUAGCUGUGCGCGGUUAUUUAAAAUCUUAAAAGGAAUCUGCAGGGGCAUACUGUUGAAACGCAGCGAUUCUAGUAUAAUCUGCGCAAAUUGAAGUGAGUCGGAAUUUAUGCAGAAUUUUAAUAUACACUGAUAACUUUUACUAUGCGAAUUUAAGUAGAUAACUAAUUCUUUUCUACUUGCCAAAAAAAGCCGCGAAUAAAGGCUAUCUUUUCAGUUAACCUUUUUUGGCAGUAUAGCCAUUUAAAAAGCAUGUUUAUAGGGAGUCACGAGCCUGCUGCGUGCACCGCCGUGAAAUCGCACCAAUGGCAAUGAAAUAAUUUGUACAAUUUAACGUGAUGUUGGCAUGGCCAUGCUUUGAUUAUGGUCAUUACGUUUCGGAAAUGUGAUGUGGUUACGCCUGUCUAUAUACGAUGGUUGGUUGGCAUCGUAUACCUUCAUGCAAGCCAAAUUUGGCGGCAGCCACCUCAGAUUUCACUAAACUAAAGAGUGAAGCGUUUUGCUUCGUGAAAUGAGCCUAAAGGCCCACGGCCACACAGACCGGACGCUAUUCGGCAACGCGACGCGAAUUUUCAGUUUUCAAAAACAAAUAAAACCGUCAACGGAUAAACAUUUUACAAGAUAUGCAGACCAAAUAGCUAAAAUUGCUCAAGUGGUUCCGAAUAUUUGAAAAACAUAGAAAAAUAUUGAACUUAAAUGUCAUUGAAAAUUGAAAAUUCGCAUCGCGUUGCCAAAUCACGUACGGUCUGUAUGGACCUUUAAUCACAAUGUAGAGGACUGUAGAGCACCGGUAAGUCGAACUCCGAAGUGUGGAGCGAACAAAUGUUCGCGUUAGCGAGGAGUUAACUGGAGUAAAUUAGUGUAAAAAUUGGGCCAAAUCCAGGGGAAAUUGGAUUUAAUUCGAGUUAGCAGGGGUUCUAGUAGACUUUCGCAAAGUCCUUCUAGUAGACUUUCGCAAAGUCCUUCUAGAACGAAGGAAUUUUAAAGGAAGUAAUUUCUUGAAGAGUAAGGAAUUUGCGGAAGUGCUAAAAAAAAUGUGUUAUGGCUUAGGGUAAGGAAGGGCACAGUUAAUAAAUUAUUAACUGUGGGAAGGGUUUCUCAUUUGAAGCUUGUUGUUUUGAAGCUUGUUGUUUUGAAGCUUCUCAUUUGAAACUUGUUGUUUUGAGCUCUGAAUGUUUUCGGCAAGCCCGAAACGAGACCAGGGUUAGGGUAUUAAGGAAGCCACAAACAGCGAGACAUAAUUAUAUGGGGGCGUUAUUACCGAUUGUAUUGGUGCGUUAGGUGAAGUAUGCACAAGUGUGACGGAUCUUUUCUUGAUCAAAUCCACAGUUCCCAGACCACCUCAGACAAACUUGCACCCAAUUUUUCAAGGUUAUCAAAGGUAUCCCAGUGUCAUGAGUGGUUUACGUAGACUGCAUAAUUGUCCGUAAGUGUGUUUAUUUUUACCGUAGAUUACGCUUUUCAUCCAAUAAGUCGGAAGACAAGAUUUGACUGAGCGUAUAACCUCUAAUGCGAUUAAGCGCAAUCUAUCUGAGGACACUACAUUGAAGCUUUAGAUUAAAACUCACCUUAGUUUGAAGAUAUUGCAUAGUUCGUGAUUGUUAUUUUAAUACGACGUAUAUCAUAUACAAUACAUCAAGAGGAUUAUAUUGUAGUGAUUGAAUCAGCGAAAAUUGUGUUAAAAAAAAAAGUAUAGUAGAGUGUAAUGAUCACAUACUUUGAAGUGUUUUCACUAGAUCACUAUCGUGAAUUCCUCUGUAAUAGACUAAUAGUGAAUGCAUCACGUUUUGUCCACAAGUGUUUUGUUUACUUGAGAUCAAUACUGGUUCAUUCAAUGAGGCCUCAAGAAUAGAGCCAUCGAACGCAAUUUAUCUGUUUCGAUCGCGUGCACGCGCUGAUUAAACGGGCACGUUCGUUAGUGGAAGUCACGUAGUAUUCAAAGGGGAAAAGAUUGGGUCGCCACCAACUUUAUGAACAGGUUUUGUUAAUUGUUAUUACUUUAUUAUACACAAACACUGAUUUUGCCGUAUUCAUAAAAGUCGUUUUGCGUUUAGCGCCGCACAACGUGGCAAAAAUGAUUGUGGACAGCGUGUUCUUCAAUAGAAACACCUGGCUUGCCCAAUCAUACCCUUGCCGAAACAGAAAUAUCCAAUCUCCCAUUCAAUGUUGAAAGCUGAUAAAUUGGGUGGGUGAAAUCUUUGUGAAAUACAAUAUACAGGGGGGGGGGGGAUACAAAGAUACCAAUGUGUAUACACGAAUAGUAAUAGUUAGGUUUAUAGCUAGUGUCCACAGAAUUUUUGCCAUGAUUGCAGCACAUUCAUUUGGAAACAAUUUUAGGUUGGUAUUUACCCAAAUAUUGAAUUGUUUUGUGGUUGUUUAAUUAAUAUCACGCAAGACUAUAUCACCGGAAAAAAUACCAGGCGUUUUGGUUGGAUUGUGCAUCUUUGUUGCAUUUUAAACAUCGAAAAGUUCGUUGAGAAACGAUGUGCUAAAUAGCCAAAUGUUUCGAGUACAAAUUAAAUCACUACAUAAAUAUAAACUUCAGUAGUUCUGAAAUGUAUUUUUUAUAUAUUUUCGACAAAAAAUACACUGCGUGUAUUGGUGUUAUGUACUCAGGUGAAGAUGAUGUUUGUGAUGUUACUCUGAGUGUGCGUCCACACCGGGCAAGCUCAAAGGUUUGCCAGACCACGGUGGGAAUCGAACCCGGCGACCUCAGUUUGAGUCAGUUGGUAGAGCAUUGGACUAGCAUCCCAAAGGUCGUGGGUUCGAUUCCCACCGUGAUCAGGCAAACUUUUCAGCUUGCCCGCGGUGUAGAUGCACACUCAGAAUAACAUCACAAACAAAAAUGACACUGUUAUGAAAUUACAAAAAAUUAAUUGCAUGUCAAAAUUUGGUUAAGUAGGAGAAAUGGGUGGACGUAUUGAUUGUAUAUAAACUUCUGAAGAAUUUACUAAUUACUGUCAUAAUGAAUUCUCCAGUUGAUUAACAGUUUAACUGUUGACUUUGCGCACAUUAUUUAAUAUAUCCUGAGGCCCGUUUGAAUGUGCGUCAGUUUUGCGGCAUGUUUUCUUGCAUGCAUGAGAUCCCAAGAAAACCCUCGAAGCAGAAUUUGUUGUUUUGAAAAGGCCGCAACUUGUCUAGCAUAAUGACGUCUUGGAAUAGGAUGCGUGAUGAAAUGCACUGGAUUUUGUUAACAAACGUUUUUUCAAUCAUGACUUGUAUUGAUUCGUUUGAGUUGAGUUGACUGUGGCGAUUGAAAAGGAAAUUGACUUUCAUUUGAGUCGAUUUAUUCCGUUUCCUUACGCAAUAAAUAUUGCAUGCAGCGAGCAUAUUAGCCGUUCAUUAUAAAAAGAUGACAAAUACUAAUUCUGGCACAACUUCUUUAUAUUCGGGUGUCCAUGUGUGAUUUGAAAAAUCGAUGCAAAUAAAGUCCUGAUUGCUUUUUUUUUCAUUAGGCGUAAAACCGUCUGGUCGUUAUUCUUUUGACUGGUAAAAUAUUUAAGAAAGAGUCCGGUUUAUAAAAGGGAACUUUUUCUGAAGGCGACCGAAAACAGGUUAGUAUUAUGAUUUUGUUUGGUCAUUUUAUACGAGGUGUAUACUUUGGCAAAAUUUUUCCACGAGUUGCAACGCUAUUCCGGAUACGGACUAUGUUUUGUAACUAACUUUAUACAGCGUAGUCCUGUCAGUUCUAAACCGUUCUCCCUAGUCUAGAGGUCCAAUAGAGGUGGUCUGCUAGUGAUCCAAUGUUACUACAUCCGAAGACCUGAACAAAACUAACUUUAUUUAUACUGGAUAGCUUCAUAUAGUUGUAAACAGUUCUCCCUAGAGGUCCAGUAAGGGUCAGACACUCUUUAUUUGUUUAGAGUUACUACACUGUGAAACCUAAUAUAAACUAAACUAACUUUAUUUACACUGGAUACCUCUGCCAGUUUCAAACUGUUCUCUGUAGAGGUCUAGUAAGGAUGGUUCUUUAUUUGGAAACCAUAAACUAAACUAACUUUAUUUACACCGGAUAGCUCUAUCAGUUCCAAACUGUUCUCGCUAUAGAGGUCCAGUAAGGGUCACUAUUUAUUUGUUCAGUGUUAUAUCACACUGUUAAAAAAAAGAGUAUGAAACCUAAUAUAAACUAAACUAACUUUAUUUACACUGGAUAGCUCUAACAGUUCCAAACUGUUCUCGCUAGAGGCUCUAUCAGUUUCAUUCUCUGCUUCAAAGCGUUGGUAAGUGCUAUGAAUUAGAUGGGAACAAAGUGAACAAGUAUAAACAUACGCCUGUCAAUCAGAUCAAUGGAAUACGGUACGCCUUGAGCGCCGAUGAUUGAAUAUACAUUUCAUUUCUUCAUUAAUCAAUGGAACUAAUAUCCUUUUGUUUUUUUAGGGAUUGGUUGGCAGUAGAGGUACGGGCCUAUCCAUGAGCUCAGGACACGAAGAAGACAUGAGCGGUCUGCACAUUUGGUUUCACGUUCAUUCCGCUUUGCUCGGAAUAAUAUUCCUCUCAACUCUCGUGCUGAACACGUUACUCAUUCUUGUUCUCCGCAAGAUGAAAUCGAGACGUUCGAACCGAGACUGUGCGAGCUACAACAUCGAACGGUCAUACAUGUAUUUGCUCUUUCACCUCGCUUUGGCCGACAUGCUGGGCGUUAUUUUGAAUAUUCCGUUCGAUAUUUUCCGCAAUGCGAGUAUCGUUUAUUACUUCACCAGCGCUGGAUGCAAAAUGUUACCUCCGUUUCAACUCGCGUCGACAACAGCGCAAGCCGGAACUUACGUAGCAUUGAGCUACCAUCGUUUUCGAGCGAUCGUGCAUCCGAUUCGAGCAAAAUUGACCGUGUAUAAAUCCUUGAUUAUGAUAACCAUUAUUUGGUUCAUUAGUAUCUGUCUCUCCAUGCCAUUCGCCAUCGUGCAUAGGUUUAAUGAGACUUCGUCGAGUUGUUACGAAGAGUGGACGGCUUCGGCUGGGAAUAUAUACACGUUUGCGAUAUUUGUCGUACAGUAUGCUGCUCCCGUUUCAUUGAUGGCUGUGUUUUAUGUUACAAUUGCAAGAACAUUACACGAGUAAGUAUUGGUGAUUGUAUUUUCAUUCCAUCGAUUGAUUGAUUAAUUUAGAACGUUGCUUCCUAACUUAACUAUGGCGUUUUUGUUUCCUGUACAUACUGCAGGAGACUAGCUGGAAUUUUUUUCCUGCUGUACUGAAAAUACUUGAACAUUAUUUAGACUACUGAUUUCGAAUAAAUAGCGGUGUUUCCAAAAGCAAAAUCCGUGCCAUUCAGGUUAAAGAUUUUUCCAGUUUUAGAUCUUUGAAUUAACUGAAAAACGUCAUGUAGAUCAUUCUAAAACUUAUGCCCGUUUUAUACGUUGAAUUUUGGUCGCGUCGAAUACAAUUAAGACAAUAGAUAAUGAGAUGAUAAACCUCAUUAAGCUUCAUUAUCUAUUGUUUGCAUUGCAUUCGACGGGACCGAAAUUGGACGUAUAAAACAACUAGAACAAUAGUAACAACAAGUUGUGAAUUGGAUGAACAGACGUUGGCCAAAUUUGUUUAUUAAUUGACUUACUAUUUUUUAUCCUUCAGUCAUCGCAUCGCGAAAGAACGAAUAAAUGUCCCGAUCCAGGACGAUAUCCGCUCUCACAAACAUAUCGUCAAGAUGCUUGUUACCAUAGUAACCGUGUAUGGCGUGUGCAUGUUGCCACAUCACAUCUUCUGGAUAGUCAUUGGUUUAGAAGAUGUCAACCCGACAGUGCGGGAAGUAGUCUCAAGUAUAAUAUAUCUCUUCACCUAUUCCAACAGCGUCGCUAAUCCACUGGUGUUCUUUUACUAUAGUAAGGAAAGCCGGUAUCAUUUAAGACGAUUUUUUAACAAACUACCAUGCGCGCGUACGAUAGACGUACCUUUCGAAAUAAAAAAAUGGUCAGCAACUUGGUCUGGAGUUUCAAAAAGCGAUUCACAACGCCCGCACGAUAGAAACUCUUCCAAAGAACAUUUGAAGCUUGAUAAAUUGUUCCCCCCUAAACCCGGGGAUUCAGACCUCGGAGUUUCGCUACCCUGGGAGGCACAAGUCAUGACUUCUCAUGCAAGCUCUGGAAGUUAUAGGGAUUAUCUCUCAUCACCUCCUCUCCAUCCACAUUCUAUAUCCCCAGAGGAUCCACUAGAGCACACAAAUUACACUACGAAUCCUUUUCUGUACGCUGUAAUACCUGAAGGCACUCACACGAACCCAAGUGAAACGACACUUGAUAUACUGCAUGAACAAGAGGAAAGUUUUACGGAUGAUAACGCAUGCGCGGAAGACGUUUCCGAGGUGUGCGAGGAUGAUGAUCCUGGUGAGGAAACAGGGGGGUGUGGCGAACCAAAGUGUGAAAAUGGGAGUGAGGACUCUGUCGAUAGUACUGGGGGGUACAUGUCUGAACAUGACCAGGAGGGGAUGUCUGAGAUUAAAGACGAGGGGGAAGUUCCCUGGGACGAGGAGGAGACGGAAACUGCGUCGGACUCCGACGAGGAUGACACGGCACGUGUACAGCACAUGAUUGAGAGAAUGAUAAAAGAUAUAAGACAAGAACUAAACCAAGACGGUGAUGGCGCCAUGAAUGGCAUGAGAAAAUUGGAAGAUAUUUUGAAUCUUAAUGAAAGUUCUUCCAACGGUGAAUGGUAUGGAGAAGGCUUGAAUGGGGAUACCGUUAAGGAUAUGACAGGGUAUCAGGACAGUGAGGAGGAUAUACUUGGAUUAAAGAAACAUCUGGAGAGUUUGCCCGAGACACGGAUGUAGAAGGUUGAUGUACAGUAUGAAAGAUUAGAUCUUUUCUGCUGGCCCAGAAGUAAAGAUCUAAGUUCUGGCUCUGCAUCCCAGACAUUCCACGACUAUAGGGGUACAUAUUUCUAUACUUCACGCGUAAAAACAGUUUCGUGAACACCGCUGUCAAACGUAAAGCGCAUGUGCGAAUCAACGAAAAUAUAUGGGAAAUUGUCUGCCAAAAUGACUAAAGGAAAUACGGGAAAAGAAAACGAUUACUACAAAUAAACUGCUGAAGCUAUAAGCUCAAGAAUUUCACCGUUUUUUUUCCAUGUGUCAAGACCAAGUUAUAUUGAGUUUAAACUCUCGUAAUUUUCUUUAAACUUUUUGCUAGAGCUUCUUGAAGACAAUACUAUUUGAAGUUUUUCAAGUGCAAACAGUAAAUACGCAUACGUUUGACAGCAGUGUUGUCAACGUGAGGGAACGAGUGACAUAAACUAACUACGGUAUUAAAUUUGCCCCUAUUACUAUUUUCCACGGGCAACUUAGACAAAGGAUGAAACAAAAAUCUAACAGGCAUCUAGAAUUAUCCUCUUUCAAAUUAUCUUACUUGACAACUGACAGUUGUUGGUUUGAAUUUUAGCUAUUUAGCAGACAAUGACGACAAUAAUAUCCAUUGCAUGCAAAAGACCUGCACCAAAUGUAUUUACAAGUGAUUGAGUGAAACAAAUGUAAAAAGCUCUUAAAAUUGAAAGUUUCAAUGUUAAUAAAACAAUUAUGUAAAGAGAGAAAUUGCAGUCAAGGUAUGUACUGUUAAAUGACCCGUUAAAUAUUUAAGUUGAACAAGGUUUUUCGAUUAAAAUCAGACAUGCUUUUCCCUUUACUUUUCCAAAUUGUUGUAGAGUCUAGAAAAUCUUGUUAUAACAGUUAACUUAUUAUUCUGUAGUUUGAUUACAGUAAACAAAGAUAUUACGAAUUAUUUCAAAAAUAGUUCUUUUAAAUUGAAUUUAAAUUUAAUGACCACACUGUUACAUUAAUAAACAUAAACAUUACCAUAUUAUACUUGUUAAUGGGCGCAUGCAUGCAUGUGAUAAGUCACAAGCUUGUAUCCUCACUUUUGUUUCAGAACACAAACCGGAUACCGCCAGACUUACCGACUUGAUACAAUAGUAACUUUGUAACGAGCUAUCACUGUUCGUUAAUUUCUAGUAUCUUUCAAAAUUAUACAAGAUUUCUCAAUUUGAGUUCAAUCUUUGCUGUUAAUGUAGCGCUUUGCCGACCGAAAGUUUGGACUG